AAGAGUUGAACUUAAAUAUCAAUCUUAUUAGGUACUCACUACUCAAGUCAAUAAGUUCACGGUUAGAAAGUUUGGAAGUUUCAACAAGACAAGUGCAGAUGUCGAUGAUAUCGGAUUUCCAGGAAGUCGCAGGGUUUCUCCUCUUGUGGGCGUAUGACCUUGUUCUUGAAACUGUCUAUGCAAUAUUCAGAUGUAGGCCUAGAAAACAGAUCGUUGGAGAGAAUAUCCUUAUCACCGGAACCGGUCAGGGACUAGGUAAGCUGAUAGCAGGACGACUUGCUCGAGAUAACAACACUCUGCACUGUGUAGACAUAAACAGAGCGCUAAACGAGGAAUCAGCAGCAGAGCUGAGGAAACGGGGAGAAUGUGAGGUGUUCACUUACACGUGUGAUGUGGGGAGUAAGGAAGGAGUCAGGGAGUUAGGGAGACAGAUCAAGGAGAAUGUUCCUCACAGGCACGUGUCUUAUCUCUUCAACAUCGCGGGGAUAGUAUCUGGUAAGUUAUUCUCGGAUGAAACGGAAGAGCAGAUGGAGAGAGUUAUCAGAGUAAACUUGAUGGGCACAAUGUAUCUCCAGAAAUUGGUGUUCAAUGAGAUGUUGGAGAAUGAAGGUCACAUAAUAAACGUUUCCUCGCUAGGAGGGAUCACCCCAGGAUCCCGCAUGUCCAGCUACGCUGCCUCCAAGUUCGCAGUCAGAGGUUUCACUCAAGCAGUACAGGGAGAGUUAGCACUCCUCAAUAUAAGGAAUGUAAAGUUAACGUGUGUGCUACCUCAUGUUACCAAGACAGGACUUUUCAACAAUGUGCAAGCGAAGUGGCCGCUGAUAUUCCCCCUACUUGAACCAGAGUGGGUAGCAGAUCAGAUCAUGGUUGCUACCCAGGAAGAGAGGGACCAGGUCAUACUUCCUAAGAUUUCUUUAGUCUUCAUGUUACCAGAACAUCUCAUGUCUCUCAGAGUUUGGAGAAGUUAUUGUGAUCUUAUGGGCAGCCAUCUCAUGAACACGUUUGUUAAAAUCAGACCUGAAUGACACUUAUUUGUAAAGUUGUGUGUCUAGAAAGUUGGUUCAACCAGUCAAGAUGGACUAUGUUUGUACAACUGAAGGAGACCACCCCUGCAGUGGUAUCCCUUAUUUACUUGGUAGAUGUUGUGCCAAGUCUACAAGAACUAAGUCAGCAUUAGAAUUCAGAUAUGUACUUAUAUAUUAGAUUUUAGUAGUUCAACAAAUACCGUUAGUUUCACUUGUUAUUGUUAGCUCAUGCUCGUAGUUUUAAUCUGUUUUAGAACUUUGUGGAAAACGAAUAGUCAAUUAGUAAAGUGAGAAUAUGAAUUUGAAGUUUUUAUAAGACGCUACAUUGUUAGUCUUAUUUAUAGCAAUAAUGAGACGAGUAUGAAAUACUGUGUUCAUGAAAGGACUAAAAUGAAAGGACUAAAAUUCGUAAACAUUUUUAA